CUAUGACAUGCUACGGGGAGGAGGAGCGGCGGGGCGGGAGGGGAGGAGGCGCGCGGGAAGGAGGGACUGAGUGCUGGCAGUGUCAACAAGUCAGCGGCAGAGACUGGCCGGCGCCCCGGGGCGCUCCAGGGACCCGGCGUGGAAGGCAGGGCUUUCAGUGCGGCGGCCCGGAACUUCCCGGCGGGAGCACUGCAAGGGCCCCGGAGCCUGUGUCGGGAAAUGGUCCCGCCUUGCCGGGCCCUGCCCCCGUGCGCACUGGGCAGGCCCAGCGUCCCUCCUCUGCCCGCCCGCCCGCCCGCACCCUGGGACUUGUAGUCAGGUUCCCGGAGGCCGCGCCCCACUCCGCCCCCGCGGACCCCGGCUCGCUACCGCCGGACGGGGAAGGUGUUCGGCUCUGGCUUCCCGGCGGCCAGCCCUGGACCACAGAGCGCAUGCGCCGCCCGAGCCGCCCCGCUGGGACACCCGGGGCCGGGGGCGGGGCCUGGCGGACGCGCAAGCGCUGCCCUGACCUGCUGGCUGCGGUAUAUCGGAACGCGCUCCAAGGUCGGGGGUCUCCAGAUCCCCUUUGGCCUUUUCCCCGGGGGCGACUCCAGGGGCCAGUUACCAGCAGUCGCUGCCCUGCCUUGGCUGCCUCCGUGAAUCAGCAUUGUCCAGAGAGAGGCCGCCCAAUUGAACACAUGAGUUCCAGAGCCAUGCAGAGGACCCUGACCACGAGGAUGGACCCUGUGGUGUACAACCACAGCCCUUCAAAGCUCACAAUUUCCAGCCUUCCAAGCAGUCUAAUGAUUAUGAACAUGGUUUCCUCCUUUCGCUUAAGAGAUUUGGGGAGCUCAGAUCUCAGCACAGAUAUCUGAAGAGUAUGGCGUCAGGGAAGAACAGCAAGAGGAACGGAUAUCCAGGGGCCAGAGGGCAGCCCAGAAGUGAAGACAGAAGGGAGGAUGGCAAGGGACGCCGCAUCUCAAAGAAGUGACUGGGCUAAGGUGGCCUUCCUUAAAGAUGCUCCUGCCUGCCUUCUGAGUGUUACUGGUGACCUCUUCUCUAGUGCAGAGCUUUGCACUGGUGUUCUUUGUUUUUUGUUAUUCACUCUUUCAUGCAAAACUGAAAUUGAACUGGAUGUGAAGACACUAAAAAAAUGUCUGGGUAGGGGGCUGCAGGGAGCAGGGGGUUUCCUGAGAGAAUGGAAUGUCCCAUGAGAAAUGUCACUUACCAUGAGAGGGGAAGUCCGUUUCAUAUGACAUGAUAUCACACUGUCAUUAUGAACUCUCCAUUGGGGUUUACAUGUGUUAAUAUUUUUCAUUCUUUUGAUUAUCAAGAAAACCCUGUGAAUUCUGAGAAAAGUAUCACAUAUCAAAGGUUCCUCAGGCUAGAUGAUGGACCCAGUAUCUUUUUCUUUAUUCUUUACAACAGAGAGAGUUUGCUUUUUUUUUUUUUUUUAAACAAACCAUUUGGUCUGCAGAAGAGCUGUCCUUGCCCAGAUGAGACAUUUGCAUCUGAAGCAUCAACCUGGUACCAGGAUACCAUGUUUACAUCGACCUUCAAGUGAAGUUUGACCUAUGGUUUUUUUUUUGUUUGUUUUUUAAAGACAGAGCCUUACUCUGUGCCCCAGGCUGGAGUGAAGUAUUAUGA